CGAGAGAAGCAGCAGUUCGGCUGAGCUGCCGUAGCUGGAAGUAAUGUCCUCAAGUAUAUACAGAUUCCCAAAUGUAAAACGGAAGCUUUUUUUUCCUGCAGUUUUGCUAAGUUAGAAAUAUCUCUUCUUCAGCUGCUGCUACAGUAAUGUGCAGAAUAAGCCUGCAGACGUGCUGCUCUGGCAGAUGAAUACAGUUUUUUUUAUUGAUUGCCAAAGUGUUUCGAGAAGAUUGUAAAGAUGUACCAAAUUGUCCCAGCCACCGUUGGGGAUGUCGGCCUUAGUGCCAUGCGCCAGUGCACACCUCCUAAGAAGAAAAGAGUGGAUCGGCAGGGACGGCGAAUGAUAAUUGCAGGCUUGAUAGGCGCAGCACUGGUCAUCGUAGCUGUGGCAUCUUGGUGCUAUUACUCAGCGUCUUUAAGCAAGGCAAACUUGCUGAAGACUGAGCUUCUAGACCUCAGCAAAGAUGGCUUCGUCAUCCGCAGCCAAGCUGGAGCCGUCAUCUUCCGAAUGUCUUUUAGAUCGGGCUCCCUUGACCUGGAUUCGUGCUCAAAAGAAGGCAGAAUUCUCAGCUGCAGCCGAUCCGGUGCAGGAAACCUCAAUUUUUUCAUUGAGACAGUGAAACCCAAGGACACAGUGAUGUGUUAUCGUGUGCGCUGGGAAGAACUUGAAGCAUACCGUGCUGUUGAACAUGCCAUGUCCUACAAUGGAUCACACUGGUAUGGUGGGGCAGAGACCUGGUCCCAGCAUUGGCCAAUUGUUUUCGCCGGAAACCAAGAGCCCAAGCCAUUCAUCACAAGUGAUAUUUAUUCAAAUCACCAGGCAUUUGGAGGCAUCCUGGAGCGCUACUGGCUCUCUUCCAAUGCGACCGCUAUUAAAAUCAAUGACUCUGUCCCUUUCCAUUUGGGCUGGGAUGAGAACAGCAAGACUUUGCGAUUCCAGGCAAGGUAUGACAACAGCCCUUACAAGUCAGACCCUGGACAGCCUCUUCGUGCUGAGUUGAGCUACCGUGUUUGUGUCGGGUACGAUGUUACUUCCAUACAUAAGUACAUGGUCCGUCGUUAUUUUAACAAACCCAAUAAGGUUCCUUCUGAGGCUGUUUUCAGACAGCCCAUUUGGUCCACAUGGGCCUUGCACAAGACAGCAGUGAAUCAGCAGAAGGUACUGACAUAUGCAUCGGAGAUAAAAAAGCAUGGCUUCAAUUGGAGUCAUCUAGAGCUGGAUGAUCGAUAUACCAGUGGCUAUGGGGAGUUUGAAUUUGAUCCAGAGAAGUUCCCCAAUGCAUCUCAAAUGUUUCAGAAAUUUAGGGAAGAUGGUUUCAAGGUUACCUUGUGGACACAUCCUUUUGUGAACUACAACUCCACUAACUUUGGCAUCGGAGUGGAGAGAGGGCUUUUCGUGAGAGAACCUGGCGGAGAGUUACCCGCCUUGAUUCGCUGGUGGAACGGUAUCGGCGGCAUCCUGGAUUUCACCAAUCCAGAAACCCGUGACUGGUAUGCUUCACAUCUGCGUAUCCUAAAGAACAAGUACGGAAUAGCUUCCUUUAAGUUUGAUGCUGGGGAGACUAGCUACUUGCCACAACAGUUCAGCACCUUAAUGCCCCUGCAAGAUCCCAGUGUGUUUACCCGCCGUUACACCGAGAUGGCCAUACCCUUCAAUGACCGUGCAGAGCUGCGUUCAGGGUACCAGUCCCAGAAUAUCUCCUGCUUCUUUCGGAUUAUUGACCGGGACUCACUCUGGGGCUACGACCUGGGACUCAAGUCCAUCAUCCCUACUGUGCUAACCAUUAGCAUUCUCGGCUACCAGUUCAUUCUUCCGGACAUGAUAGGUGGAAACGCUUACCCAAACCGCACCGAAGGGCACCAGGGACUACCUGACCGGGAACUUUAUAUUCGUUGGUUGGAACUGUCAGCAUUCAUGCCAGCUAUGCAGUUCUCAAUCCCUCCGUGGGUUUACGAUGAUGAGGUUGUGGAGAUCGCCAAGAAGUUCACAGCACUCCAUGAAACCUUGGUGGCUCCUCGAGUUCUUGAACUUGCCAGUGAAGUGUUGGACACAGGAGAUCCCAUCAUUCGCCCUCUUUGGUGGAUUGCUACAGAUGAUGAGGCGUCCUACAAGAUUGAUUCGCAGUUCCUCAUAGGGGAUGACCUUAUGGUAGCACCGGUGCUUGAGCCAGGCAAGCAGGAGAGAGAUAUUUACCUCCCAGCUGGCAGAUGGAGGAGCUACAAGGGUGAACAUUUUGACAAAGGACCAAUCCAUCUUACUGAUUAUCCGGUAGACUUGGAUGAGAUUGCCUACUUUGUGUGGUCAGGAUGAUGUGAAGGGAUUAACAGACGAAGAUACUGUAGCUGUAAUCAUUCCAUUGAGCAAUAAGAUGUCGUGCACAAUUUUUCUCACAUCUGUGUGCCUUGUGGAUAUGUAUCUAUGUAGGUUGUGGAUAUGUAACUGACACUAAAACCUCGGUAACCAGCAUCCUUUAUGUUGUGUAUUUGGAAAUGUUCUAAUCAUAAAACAAUCCUUAUCAUGUGACUUGAAUAACCUUUUACCUCUUAAUUUAUAAGAAAGGACAAGAUCUUAGGCAUAUAUAGUACUCUGCAGAAGUCAGAGACCAGCCUUCAUUCAUUAGAUUUCCAGCCAAAACAGUCAUUAAUUACAAGUUAUUCAGUUUUCAGUGUCAGGGGAAAAAAGCUGAAACAAUAUAGAAGAAAACAGAAAAGUACACAGAAGCCUGAACAACUACGUAUAUUAUCAGUUUUUUCAGUAUUUGGUGUGUCCACUCUUUGUCUUACAAAUUUUUGAUUCUGUUCUUUUCAGACUUGCUUUCACUACUGUACUUUUCCACACAUGCAAAUUGUUUUUGUUUCUUGCAAUUCAAAUAAUCCUAAAUUCAGUGAUCUUGAGGUGUGGAGGUGGUUAGUCCAUUACUCUGAGAGCAUCGGCGAAGUCUGUGUUUGAGUUGCAGGUGUUCUUCUAAUCUACCUGUUUCCUUUUAUCAAUAACAGCAUCCUGACAGUUACACAUCCUUCUAGACUCAUAGUGUUGAGUUGUCUUCUCACAGUGGAAGGAUGGACAGAAACACCUGUGGAGUUUUUCAGAUCUGAAGCGAGAGUGGAGCUUGAUAUUUUUUUUUUUUUUUUUUUUCUUUUCCCCCUGUUCUUCAAAGAUGAAAGUACUGUUUAUCUGAUGCUGACACUUUCAGUGGUUUACCAGAUCUAGGUCUGAGUCUUUUUUUCUUUUUUUCUUCCUUUUUUAAUCUCCAGUUUUGGAAACUCUUGUUUUUCGCUUAUUUUCUUUGACUUCCCUUUCCUUAUGCAAGAAGAUUAUUGUAUAUCUAAUCAAAAAUAUUUUCUGAAAAAUUAAUAACUUUUCCUAAUGGCUGUUUAAACUGGGAAUUAAAUAAAUGAAGGGUGGUCUCUGAAUUCUGCACAGUACUGUAGGUUAUUAUAUUUCAGUUAAGAAAUUUAAGUGGAAGCUUUGAGGUCAGCAGUUUAAAAGAUGCACUGUUUUGACUUCACCUGCGUUCUGUUGGUACGUGUUGGCCUUUGCCCUUUUAAGAUUGUGGUUAUUUCAUGUAAAAAAAAAAUUGAAACAUUAGUGAAGACCAGAGGGAUGGACUUUGGUGCCAAAUAUACCACCAGCAAUAUUACUUUGUCUCAACACUGUGGGUGAAUGUUGUAGUCUUGGGCCUUAUAAAUAUGUUGCAAUGUUAGCUUGUUGUGUUUAGGAUGUAUUGAAGUGAAAGCACAAAAGAAAAAUCUGUACAUAGAAAUGUAUUAUAUGAUGAUUUUUUUAAUGAGUGCUGCCUGUGCCAUUUAGUAUUUCUCUGAAAUGCUCUAUUCUUUUCAAACUGAAUCUGUGAAGUGCCACAAGCUACUGAUAAUGCCGUUUUAGUAUAUUAUUAGUAUGUUCUGACACUGCUGUAAACUACACACAUGGUGUAUGUAUACAGUGUAUCAUUCAGGGAUUGUUCUCUAAUAUGGUAAAACGGUUUGUCUGGACUUUUGUGUCGUAAGUCUUACUUUAUCAUGACUAGUUUUGAGAUCUGUACUUUAUUGUAGUUUAGGUGUGUCUUUUGGGUUGCUUGUGCUUGCCAUAGCAAUUUAAUGGGAACUGGAGGGUAGAUAUUGACCAGGGUGGCAAUAUUUGUUUUCCUGCCUUUUUAUGACCAAGGACGUCCAGAAAAGGAGAUGUUUCAUAUGGGGUUUUUUUUGUUGUUGUUGUUGUUUGGGGGGGAGACUUCUGUGUGUUAGGAUGCUAUUGCUGUAAUUUGAAUUGAAUAAUAAUUUUAUUCAGAUUUGGAUUACUUUGAACGGCACAGGAUUAUUAAAUGAAAUGAUCAAACACAUUUGAAUUUUGAAUAUAAAGGGCCCAUAUCCUACAUCUUUCUUGUAUUUUAUGUUUUUCACUAGAGGUCAGCUUAUAGGAUUUGUGUGCCUGAAUGUACCAGAAACAGACAUAGUACAUUUUACAAGACCAUUUUUUGUUUUACUUGUGUUUUACCCUUAGAAUUGAAAGGGCUGUUUUUGUUACUGUACCUUAAGACUGAUAUUUUGUCUCCAAAAGCAGCCCAAGCUGAUGAAUGUCUUAUACCUUCAGUGUGAACAGGCAGACCUGAUCUGCUGUUGGCUGAAUAGGUGGAUGUAUGUAAAUGUGUUUACAUCACAAAACAAUGAAUUCACGAUAAGCUAUUUUUACCCCCUAAUUUCCAUAUAUGGACAGUAAGGACUAGAGAGUGAAAGGUAUCUUUUAAAACUUUAACAGUGUUUACAUACUGCUUCACACUCCUUUAUUUAUAAAAGGGAGGAAAAUGUAGUUUUUUGUGAUAUGGGCCCUUUAAAAAAGUAAGCUUCAUGUUUAGUUUUACAUGUAAAAUGGUACACUGCCUGUUGUUGUAAUGUAACGACAGCGUUUCAAUAUAAUGUGUUGUUGAAAAUAAAAGUGAAUUAAAAUGGAUGUAUUUGUU